CCUCCACCCACUCCGAACUAGACUGUUUUCUCUUCGCGAGAACAGACCAUUAAUCUCUCUGUGAACUGAUCGAUGAACUGAUCAGUGGGUCAUUGAUCCUCUUCCUGAUCUGCAGCUCUGUGAGGACUUGACGAGGAGUUUAGUCUCAAUACAGAGUCCUUGUCCCCGUGUAGAGAUAACACAGCUGGACAACAGAGGCACAUCACGCCUGUACAGAUGGAGUUCAAUAGGAUCAUCAGCAUCUGGAUGGUAAGAGUAAAAUAACAUCUGGACAGGAAAGGACAGCACAUCAAGGUCCAGGAGUGUUUCAGCUGGAAGAACAUCUGGAGAGUCCACCAGGACACAGAAAACUUCACAGCUGAAUGUAGCCUCUGUCUGUGAACUCCACCUCAGUGUCUUCGUUCUAGCUCAUGGUGUGAUCUUUGCUCUGGUGAAGAGGAAGCUGGAGGGAAGGAUGGGAGGGACCGUGUGUAGAGAGGAGGUGAAGGAGGAAAAGAGGAGGAGUCUGGGGAGGGAGGACAGUCUGACAUCGGCCGACAGGAUCCGACGAUUUACCGUCAGACAGUUCGGAUACAACGUCCUGAUCCUGGCUCGUCGCGGACUGCAGGAGGUGCCAUAUGAACUGUGGGAGCUGCUAGAGCUGGAGAAGCUGAAUCUGUCUCUCAACAGUCUGAAGGUUCUUCCUCCUCAACUGGCUUUGCUCUCCAACCUGGUGGUCCUCAACCUAUGGGGCAAUCAGCUGACCAGCCUGCCGCCAGAGAUCGGACAGCUGAGGAGGCUUCGGGUUUUAUUCGCCUACAGAAAUAGACUGACUGAAGUUCCUGAAGAGCUGGGAACCUGCACACAGCUGGAGGUGCUGAGUUUGGCUGACAACCAGCUGUCCUCGUUACCGGCUUCUCUCUCCAAUCUGACAAAACUGAGGAAACUCAACCUCAGUCACAACCUCAUCACUCAUGUCCCAGGCUGCGUCUACAGCAUGAAGUCUCUGGUGUUCCUAGACGUGUCCUGUAACCGUCUGGAGAACUUGGCGGAAAAUAUCCAGGCUUUGGUGGACCUCAAGAUCCUCAUCAUGGAGGGAAACAGCCUCCACUCUCUGCCCAGGGCCCUCUGCUUCCUAACCAGGUUGGAGCUGUUGAAUCUGGACUUUAAUGAUAUUAAAGAUGUUCCACAGGAGAUGCACCAGUUGUCUCGUCUGGAGAAGCUGGCCUGCCAUCCUUUGGAUAAAGGACUCCACAUCAUCCACAACCCACUGCUGAAGCCUGUGAAGGAAGUGCUAGAGGGGGGGCUGAGCGCCCUCUUUAACUACCUGAAGGCUGGGUAGAUUAAGGGCGGGGCUUGUAGAUAACCUAAGAACUGGAGGUGAGACCUCCUAACUGCAUGACUGGAGGCAGGACUUGCAGAUAACUUGAGAGCUGUGGGCGGGUCUUGUUAAUUACCUGGUGCUGGGUGAAGAUGGGGUAUAUCAUGGUAAUGCUGCUGCUGCUGCUGCUGAUGAUGAUGAUAUAGAUGUUUAUAUUUUAUAUUUGGUUUGAUUUAGAACUUUAAUUGUAUUUCACUGUCUGUGAGUCUUAUGACAGACAUGUUGAUGUGUAAUGUUGUGGAUUUUCUGGUCACUGUAUUCAGAAGGACUUUUAAUGAACAUCUUUGCACACUGAAUUCAGUACAGUGCUUCAUCUGAUAUGUUUUAAAUGUAGAAGCACGUGUCCACUGGUUAGUGUAGCUUGAGAAUGAUCCCAAGGCUGCAAAAGUACCCUUCAAGAGUUUUAUAAACUUGUCUGCAGCUCUCAGAGCUCUUCUUAGGCAACAGAGCUCAUGUCUUUCUGUAUGGAUCUAAAGAUGAGAUGAACAUCCAACAUUGUUGAAUGAGUCAUUGAUAUUCCAGCAGCUAAACUUGAUGUUAUUGAACACAAGUAGUCAGUGAGUGGUUGGUUUGACUGUUUUUGUACUUUAAGUAGUUUGUUUUUAGGAUAGUUUGCUGUCACUCCUUUAAAAACGUUAUUUUUCACACCCCAAUUUUCCCAUUUUUAUUGAAAUUCAAACAGUUCAAAAUCUAAUUUUACUCUGAAAUUAAAACAUGAAUCAAUAAAUAGUUGAAAUGAAUAAAGAAAUAAUAGAAUCCACUAUUAAACCAAAAUGUUUUUCUGCACUUUUGACUCACCAAAGUAGCCACAUUUGACAGAUAUGAGCUGAACAAACUUGAAGUAUUCUUUCUACAAUGAAAAAAAUUGUCUUGUGAGCAUUCUAUUCUAUUCUAUUCUAUUCUGUUCUAUCAUGCUAUUUCUGUUAUGGCUUUGGUUCUGCCAGACCUCUUUGUUUGCCAUUUCUCUGUAGGUGACCUACACUUUUACAUAUUAUGCUGAUCUGUCCUUUUUUCAUCAUUAACUGCCUUUUCUUUACAUUUUUAUAGCAACACACUACUUUCUACAUUAUUAUUCAACUAAUUCUCCCAGUUGUAUGGUACACAGUGUGUUCUAAUGCAGACAGAAGGAUUGCAAGUUAUCAAGAAAAGAUAGGACAUCUGUAGAAAUUAGCACCAAUUUCAAGGUUUAAUCAACCUUCAUUGUUGCAAAACAGUUUAAAGUUGUUAAAAAUCAUUUCUUGUUCUCUGAUAAAGACCUUUAUCCAAAAUGGAGAAAUAUAUAUUAUUUUUCAGUUUUGUUGAGCUUUUUUUAGUUCCUCGCCUACCUUUGUACCAGUUCUAUUUAUCGGACUUGCUUGAAUUUAAAUUUAAAAGUGAAAAAUUGGGGUUUUCUAAAAUCAAGCUGCUACUGUUUAUUUUAUUUGUAGUAAAUUCUGAUCAAAUUUGUCACAGUAAAAAAGUUUAUUGUAUUAAAAUAAAAAGUAAGGAUUAUUUAGAUUAUUUUUGGUAAUUGCUUAAUUGUUUUAAAUUACUUUGCCCAGUUAAUAAUAAUAAUAAUGAUAAACUUUUGGUUCUACUGUGUGUCCUGCAGGGGGUGCUACAGCAUCAGAGACCCCCUUGAGUGAAGCAGUUUGUUGUAUUUAUCUCAUGGUCGCCAUUUAAAGCUCCUGGCGGUCACACACACAAAAACACUUUUAUUCACUGAAGACAUGAAAACCGAAUUAAAUGUUCAGCCUCGCUUGUU